AUGGAAACACUUCAUAUUAGUCGAAAAGCUGCAAAUCUUCCAGAAUUUUCAAAUAAUGAUAAGGCUAAUAUAUUAAAAAUAUGGAAAGAAAGAGAAAAAAAGUGUCAAUAUAAUUUAGCUGCAAUCGAAGAAAGAAUCAACAACGUGCGAACAAAAUACCAUUAUAUACAAGAAAGUAUUCAAAACCAUACUUAUAUUCCAUCAUUUGCAAAUUUACUUAAAAACUUUGGUAAUGCAUUUCUGUAUAAUGGAUGUCAUUGUUUUGAGCGUCAGUUUGCAACUGGACUUUGCCUUCUUUGCGGCUUUUAUUUGCAUCAUGAUUUGAAUAAUCUUAUACCAAAUUCUAAUUUUAAAAAUCAUACAUCAAAUCACAUAACAAAUGAAUUACUUAUUGAUGCUGCAUUGGAUGAGAUAUUUAAACUACCAAGUUAUCGGGAAAUCCAAAGAGAAAGUAUUCUGUCAUUUAUCUUUGGUCAAGAUACCUUAGCUCUUUUAAGAACUGGUAGCGAAAAAACUUUAAUUUAUUCAGUAGCUAGUCAUGAUCUAGUCAAGCAAGGUAUACCAGCUGCUGUACUUUUUGCUACUUCUGACCAACCUCCUGAAAUUCUUGAAAUUGAAAUGGAAGUUCAGUUAAAACCUAGAAAAAAUGAACUAUUCAAAGAGAAAGUUUUGAAAAUUUUAGAAACCAUAUCUCAGAGAUGUGCUAUCAUAUAUUGUACUACACCCUCGGAUUAUGGUGAUGACGAUGUUCCACAAUGUUACCAAUGCGAUAACUGCAAAUGGUAUUUACAAGAUCAACCAGUUUGUCAAGAUGUUAGUGAUGAUACUAUGCGAAUCAUUAGAAUUCUAGAAAAAUUAUUAGAUAAGGCAGCUCAAGAAAGAAUGAAUUACAAGUUUGUAAAAAGAGAAGAUAUUGUGGACAUAUUUAUAAAAGCAAAUAAUAUCAAUGUACAUGAUUUUCAACUCAACAGUAUUGAUGAAUACAAAUGCCCAACUGGCCACAUUCAAACCCGUCAGAAUGUAUUCUAUUUGAUCGAUGUUUUACUAGUCAAGGGUUUAAUUAAACAAGAGGUGGAACUUAAGUUUCGAACAUCAGAAUCAUCGAUAUGGUCUAUAGCUAUAGAUUUAUUGGCAUUUGUGAUGAUGCUGAGGAGGAAAUUAGAAGAAGUAAUUGGAGCCUAUGGUUGA